AUGAACCUCAAAUCUGGGUACCGGUACUCCCCGCUCGAGAGUUCAGACAGCAUCAGACUCCUGCAGGUUGAGAACGUGCUUUGUACUGCGAAAGGCCGCGGUCCAAUCAGAUGCUGGAUCCGCCACUUCUCCCUCUCCAAUGCACCGCCAUACCGAGCGCUCUCCUACGCCUGGGGCCCCGAUUCAAGUUCCACCAAAAAGAUCUUCUUAAAUGGCAAGAUCGUCCAAGUUAGAAGGAAUCUCUGGGAAGCGUUAGCCCAUAUCCAGUUCGCGUGUUUCGAUUUCCGGACCCGGGAAAAAGAGGAUGUUUUUGCAGAGGAGAAUAGUACGUGGGUUUGGAUCGAUGCGCUUUGCAUUGAUCAGAGAAAUGUCGAGGAGAGGAAUCACCAGGUUGGAGUUAUGGGGAGGAUUUAUGGGGAGGAUUUAUGGGGGAGCCACGGAGGUUUUGGUGUGGCUUGGAUGUGA